CUCUGCUGGACCCCGCUCAGAGAGCCCUCUACAGGGAUGUCAUGCAGGAGAACUACGAGACAGUGACCUCGCUGGGAUUCCCCAUUCCCAAACCUGAGCUGAUCUCCCGCCUGGAACGAGGGGAAGAGCCGUGGAUGCUGGAUUUCCGGGCCUGCGAGGAAAGAGAGAGCCUGAGAUGUGCCCGCACAGCAGGUGCUGAGCGAGGGAGUGAGAACGAGAAGGGGAAUCAUUAUCAGGAAGUUGCUGGGAAAGUGCAACCACAGGGGACCUUUGUGGGAAGAGCUGAAGGGAAUUUUUCCCAAUACUGGGAACAGGGAGAAACCUGUGGAAAUUGGCACAGGUCAGAAAAGCUGCAGGGAAACCACAUAAGGAAGAAAUUGGAUGAAUCUCUUAAAUAUGGGGGAGGAGAAAAGGAUCCCACAACCCAGCAGACAAAUUCCAAGGAAGACAAAUGCUGUAAAUGUCUUGGUUUUGAGAAAGGAUUCAUUCUGAGAUCACAUCAGACAAUCCAUACUGGAGAGAAACCCCUUCAAUGCUUGGACCUUGGACAAAGUUUCAAUAAUUGCUCAGACCUGAAUAACCAUGGGAGAAGCCACACAGGAGAGAAACCCUAUCAAUGCCUGCAGUGUGGGAAGUGUUUCCUUUGGAAGUCAGAACUAAUUAGACAUCAGCUAAGCCACACAGGAGAGAGACCACAUAAGUGCUUCAACUGUGGGAAAAGUUUCAUACAGAGGUCUGACCUUCUUAAACAUCAGGCAAUCCACACAGGAGAUAGACCCCAUAAGUGUUUCAACUGUGGGAAAAGUUUCAUACAGAGAUCAGACCUUUUUAAUCAUCAGGCAAUCCACACAGGAGAGAGACCCCAUAAGUGCUUGGACUGUGGGAAAAGUUUCAUACGGCGGUCAGACCUUAUUCAACAUCAAAGAAUCCACACAGGAGAGAGACCUCACAAGUGCUUGGACUGUGGUAAAAGUUUCAUACAGAAGUCAGAUCUUAUUCAACAUCAGAGAAUCCACACAGGAGAGAGACCUCACAAGUGCUUGGACUGUGGGAAAAGUUUCAAACGGAGGUCAGUUCUUUUUAAACAUCAGGCAUUACACAGAGGAGAGGGACCCCAUAAGUGCAUGGAAUGUGGAAAAAGGUUCGUAUGGAGGUCAGACCUUGUUAAACAUCAGGUAUUCCACACAGGAGAGAGACCCCAUAAAUGUUUAGAUUGUGGGAAAAGAUUCAUACGGAGGUCAGACCUUGUUAAACAUCAGGCAAUCCACACAGGAGAGAGACCCCAGAAGUGCAUGGAAUGUGGAAAAAGUUUCAUACGGAGGUCAGACCUUCUUAUACAUCAGAGAAUCCACACAGGAGAGAGACCCCACAAGUGUUUAUUCUGUGGAAAAGGUUUCAUAUGGAGGUCACGCCUUCUUAAACAUCAGAGAAUCCACACAGGAGAGAGACCUCACAAGUGUUUAGACCGUGUGGAAAUUUCACUUCUAAACUUCUCUGAUGCAGGGACAGAAAGUGUUCAGGAAAUUGCAUGUAAUUGACGUAGAUUCAACCUUCAGAGACACGUUAGAAAGUGUGUCCUCGUUAGAUAAACUAGAGCUUUGAAAGGUAAAUGUGCAUUGUUAAAGACAUGGAAGAAGAUGGUAACUGUAGUAGUCUUUGCUUGGCUGUAUCUUGUUAGAGGUUAACAAUGGAAAUAAAUGGUUUAUUAGAAGGGCUCUAUUCUGUGAAUUCAGAGAUCAAAAGGGAAUAUUAACAUUUAGAUAAAACUUGGUUGUAAUGAUGUCAUUGUUUGUCUCCUGAAAGUUUAUGGUAAACUGUCUAUGAACUGCUUUAUGGAGAAUCACCUCAUGUUAAUCCAUGUAAUUAAUUACCAGUGAUGUUUAGGAACUAGAAGGUUACUUCAAAAGCGUAUUGUUCAG